AUGCCUCUGCUUGAGGUGUCACAUAACGCCAGGGAGCCGGAGCCCUCUGGGCGCAAAAGAAGUCACCACGAGUUCUCCGCCGAGUCGGGGAAAGCUGAUCCCGCUGAAGAUGUUAAGAACAUCUCACCAAUGGAUAUUCGAGAGCCUAACAAUGACUCACCUCCAUCUUCACCGUUAUCAUCGCCUGCCCUAUCGGAAGUUGGAGAUGACACAGUAGCACGCGACCCACUACUGUCAUCACCGGCCAAAGCCGUUGCAAAACUAGACAUCUCUGGGACCUCUGCACCAACAUCAGACUCAAAGCCUUCCGCAGACAUGAACCCACCGCCGAAACGGAAACGUCUUACAGCGGCAGAAAAGGAAGCACGAGACAAGGAGCUUGCUGAGAAAAAGGAAGUCCGAGAAAAGGAGCUUGCCGAGAAGAAGAAGGAACGUGAGGAGAAGGCAGCAGCACAGGCUGCGGACAAGGCUAAAAAAGAAGAAGAGAAAGCGGCACGAGCAAAGGAGAAGGAGGAGAAGCGAAAGGUUAAAGAAGAAGAGGAGCGAGUCAAGGCCGACAAGAAGCGAAAGAAGGAGGAGGAAGCUGAGCGCAAGGCCAGAAGUCAGAAAACACUGGGCAGCUUCUUCAAGAUCCCCAGCACUCCCAAGAAACCCGAAGGAGAGGAUGUGGCUAAAGAAAACAGCCCCGCAAAGGCCAGUUCCUCGGUGGUCGAGAAACAGACAGUAUCGGAAUACUCCAAGAUGUUCAAACCUUUUUUCGUCAAAGAAAACACUCUACUAGCGCCGAUGGCAUGCCAGAUGGAUGAGACGACUCGAGAAGCGAAAUCAAAAAUCCUGGACGACUAUGUUGCAGGCCAGAGCAGCGAAAGUGCUCCUCCGAAAUUCGACCCUCGAGAGGCAUUCUCCUUUUCCAGUCUCCCUACACCCCGUGGCAAGCUGCAUCAGCCAGUCCGGCAUUUGAUGGAGACAGCUUACAAGGCUUCGCAAGAUGCUGGCAAGAGUGGUAGUGCAGAUUCUAGCAAGAUUUUGGCAGAAUUUCAGGCCGGGCUGAGCAAGAUCCCUAUGAAAGUGAUUGCUUUCUCACAGGAUGUGCGUCCUCCCUAUUACGGUACAGUAACUUUCAAGCCCUUUGCUCUUGGCAAAGGAAACAUGCAUAAACUAGCACGAAAAUCAACGGGCCGUCGGCUGCCACUCGACUACGACUAUGACUCGGAAGCUGAAUGGCAGGACGAGGAAGAAGGCGAGGAUCUCGACCUGGAGGAUGAAGAAGAGGAGUUGGAUGACGAGGAUGAUAUGGACGGUUUUCUGGAUGAUUCCGAAGAUGUUGGCCUCUCUAGAAGAGUAUUUGCCGACACCUUGAAGCCCGAGAUUACGGGCCCAUGCUUUGAGAACCAGAACCGGAAAGGCACAGUCCCAGCUCUGAAUGACAGCAAGAUGGAAUUCAUUCAUGAGGGUCUCAACCAGCUAUGGGAUAUUGAUCCCUUUUCUACUAAAUACUGGGAAUCGGAGCCUAGCAAGGCUGCCAAGAGCAAACCUCCGAAGGCUAUCAAAGCCGAGAACGAUGCCAAGGCUCCCCCACCUGCUCCAACGAACGCUUUUGCCGCCUUGGGAGGUGCUGCUGGCUCCACCUCAACCCCAGGUAAACUUGUCAAGCCCGAACUUCUAAACGAAAUCAAGCAAGCCAUUUUAGACAACAAGGCUCUCUCUAAGGUCGGCAUCGUCGACUUCAUCUUCCAUCAGUUCAAGGAUAGUGCUUCACGCUUGGAAGUCAAGAACACGAUUGAGCAUGUUGCAGAGAAGAAAGGUGCCGGCCGAGCCAAGGAGUGGGAGCUGAAGCCUGGCCAUGAGAUUACUCUGUGA